AUGGGAUGUGGCGCCUCGGCUUCCGAGACAAAGGGCUCGGAUGCCGUGGUGCCUUCAACAAGUCCUCCAUCCGCUCCAGCGACUCCAGCUCCAGCGCCUACAUCGCGCUUUUCCUGUGCCAUGUUCUCACUGGACUUGGGGAGUGAGUAUGAAGCACAGAUGCGAGAGGUGUACGAGAUCUUAAAGGAGCAAGGCUGUGAUGUGCUCAUUAGGGAUGCAGCUGACGAUGGGGAGAUGAUAGAGAAGCGGUUGAGCAAGAUCAAGGAGGAAGAAGGCGUUCUGCUGGCUGUGUGCACCAGCAACUAUGCAGCGUUCGAUGGUAGACCCCACAACACAUAUUUCGAGCUGGACUUUGCCUAUGAGAACAAGGUCUGUGUCUGGCCCCUCAGGGUCGAAAACAUCUAUCCGCCAAUUCCUGCAUGGGGCACCGGACGAAAUUCCAGAGACCCAUCAGGAAAUGGACCUGCCAUCAUCGCCAUUGCCAUUGGCCCUAAGAGUGAUGGUGUGAAAAUGAAAUGUCUGGACUGUCGUAGCCAGACUGCCGAAGAAAUCGCAGCAGCCAUCAGCAAGAAUCUGAAGCGCGAGUGA